AUGGCGGCAGCGAUGGGGUACCAGUGUGUAGAGUGUGGAUUCGCCAUCAGAACACUUUACGUUCAGUACUCUCCAGGGAACAUCCGCCUCAUGAAAUGCGAGAAUUGCAAAUCCGUAGCGGAUGAAUACAUCGAAUGUGAAUUCAUGAUUAUCUUGAUCGAUUUGAUUCUGCAUAAGCCCAAAGCUUAUCGUCAUCUACUCUUCAACGUUCUCAAUCAGAAGAGCGCAGUCAUUGAGGGUUUGUUGCGGAAUGCGAUUUGGGGUUUCGUUCUUCUGGAUGGUUAUAGAUGUAUGCUUUUGCAUUGGCAGGAGGGUGAAAGAAGAGGCUCUUCAUCGAGCAUAAUUUCUUUGUUUUGGAGAUACCGAAAGGUGUUCAUGGCUUGUCUUGUUGGUAAUUCACUUUUUCUCUGUGUUUUUCUUCUCGCCACAAGGAUUCUGCUGAACUCUUCGCUUACAUUUUCCAGAUUCAGAGACCUUUUGCUUGUGAUUCUGGUGUCAAGUUACUUUAAGAUUUUUCUCAUCACCAUGAUGGUCUGGGAAUUUCCUCUGUCAGUGAUUUUGAUCAUUGAUCUUUUUGUUGUUUCGUCUAACACAGUGGCACUUAAAGUCACCACGGGGUCAAGCACGGCUAGAUGUUUGGGGAUCUGUUUCUCGGCCCACUGUGUUAAGCUAAUUGCCACUCACGUCCUCGAGCUGCCCCAUACUAUGUGGAAGAACAACUUCAGUGGAUAA